UGAUUGCAUUGGACACCACGUAAACGUUGUGGGCAGCAAUGCAGGGUGGAUCGUUGGAACAAAUUCGCCAAUGAAGAAGAAAAAUCAACAUGCGCUUCUUUCGGAGACCAUUAAGCAUUGGUGUCUUGGUGGUCACCUGUCUUGUCUACCUAAUUAUCGGCAUUUGGAAAUUCAGACCCGUGGAUAAAACAUCGAUGAGUGUCUCCAAACCCAGAGAAUCUAAUACAUCAGAAUUAAUCGUUCUGCAUUUUGAAACUGACUUUGACCGGCCCGCCUCGCAGCAGAACGAAAGAUAUACUUCCAAGCAAGCGGCUGAAAUUGAUGGGCGUGGUCUGCAAAGCAACGAUAACGUAAGCCUCAAACAGACAAGAACCGGUGCCAUUGAACAUUACAAAUCACUGCUGGACGAUAAGCCGAUCACGCUGCGCUGUACGUCAUGUGCCAUGGUAUCAAGCUCCGGGUUCUUACUUGGCAAGGGAGCAGGUCAAGAGAUCGAUCAACACCAUUGCGUGAUCAGAAUGAACAUGGCCCCAGUGGAUGGCUACCAAGGAGACGUCGGCCAACGUACAACGCUACGGGUGCUCAACUUUUUUACCGGAGUGAAAGCCGAACAUCUACCAGUGGGCAGUCGGGUAAUGAUAUGGGGGUUGUACGAACACAAGGCAGACUUGAAAAGAGUGCUGGGCAUGUUGAAGAAACUGAGUCCAAACGUAACCAUCCAUGGCCAGACGGUGGAAGGUGAAAGAAAAGCUGGCGAGUUGUUCACCAAAGAAACGGGACAUCCACUUUCAACAAACCAGUCUUGGUUAUCUACUGGUUGGUUCACAAUGAUGAUCGCUUUGGAUGUGUGUGACAAGUUACACGUGUAUGGGAUGGUUCCUGCGGAUUAUUGCACGAGUAAACCCAAGGUGGACGUUCCUUAUCACUACUACAGAAAUACCUCGGCUAAGGAGUGUAUUACCUACACCGCAGCUGAGACCAGGCAUGGUGCCCAUCGCUUUAUCACGGAGAAGGCCGUUUUUGCACGAUGGGCCGUGACGUACAACAUCUCAUUCCACUAUCCAGAAUGGGAUGUAACAAAGGAAAAGCUCUUCGAUAAACUUGACACCCCUUUUAUUAACAAGUACAAACCGAAGGCCAACAAAGGGACUAAAAAGGUGUAGCCAUUACAAAAGCUUGCUAGACUUUUUUGACAAAGAGAUCAUAUUUUACAAUUUCACUACAUAAUCAUAAUCAAGAUUAAUUUAUUUCUUUAAUAUGAUGAAAUAUGAAAAACUGAAAACAUUUAUAAUGAAAAAAUUAUAGAAAUGACAUUUUUCCGUUGACAUGAAAGUCUGUUAUAGGUUUAGAGGGGUAGGUAUAGCACGUUUGGUUUAAACUGAAUACAAACUAAAUUUUGCUCCACUAUACCUUCUGGACCACAGUAACGCAAUUAAAUCGCACAUAAGCUUUAGCUCAGGUGGAAAGAUGUUUAAGAAAUAUAUUUUGUUUUUCACAUAUUUACAAGGCCCACUGAAAUAUUCGCGACUGAAGUGUAACUGCACUCCCUCCUAAUUCUGGUCUCUUUCAAAAUUAUGCAGUUUUAUUCAAGCUGAUUAACCAUAAUCAAUGUGACCAUUACAAUGGCUUUCAUGAAACUAUAGGCUUUGUAGAAGAGAGGUUGAACUUGGAUACCAAAGUCCACACCCUUGAACUAUCGUGAUCCCGAGGGGACAUGUCAAUUCACGUCUUUUUUCAUAUGUAAAACAAAAUAAUUCCAUGGCAGGAUGAGGAAUGUAUGGGAGCGACGGGCAGUGCCUCAAUUCAAACUUAAAUAAACAAGUUCGGUAAAAAUUUCUUGAGUACGACUUUGAAUUUGGACGCUACGUCACUUACGUGGAUAAAAUGGUGUGUUUUUUUUUUCCAAUUGAUUGUUAAGUAAUGCAUUAUUAUUCAAGUCACGUGACAAAAAUAAACACUGUGGCUAGCACCCACUUAUAGACUAGCUUUCUAAUAAAUUCAAAUUUAUGCACGCAUGCCCAAAAAUGGGCCUGGGGUAAAAAAGCAAAAGCGGCCCUUUGAACAUGUACAGGGGUCCAAACAGUUUGGUCUCAAUUUUUCUCUCAAUUUUAUGCCCCGUUAAACGAGGUCCAAGGAAAUCAGUAGGGCUCCUGUCUGCACGAAAAAGAGAAACAUUGUCAGCAAACACGUUUUAAAAGAUAGCGAAGGCAGUGUUUUCAAUUCUCGAUAUUAAAUAUUUAAUACGGAAGCCGGUUCGUGGUAAAAGAAGACAUUAUGAAAUGACUUUGAAAAAAAUAUAACAAUAGUAUAGUGACGUAACGAAAAGGUUUGUUCAUUCUUCAGACGGCGUUAUAGCAAAGCGGUUGCGUGUUAUUUUGCAAUAUCUCAUUUUUUUCGCAAUACCGGUAAGUUUUGCUUUUUUCACAGUAUUGUGGAAAAAUACUUGAUAAAAAAGUGAUAAUAUUGUAAAAAAAAAAUAAAAAAAAUAGUUUUGCAAACUAACGCGAUAGUAUUGCAAAAUAACGCAGUGUUGCCUAAUAACGCAGUAUUGCAAAAUUAUGAAAAAUUUAAAAAGUUAAUUUGAAAACUAUUUUGCAAAAUUACUGCAUUAUUUCGCCAUACUAUUGCGUUGGCUUUUUUUAUUUCACUUUUAAAAACCUGGUACGAACCGGCUUUCGUAUAAAAAUGAAUAAUAAAUAUCGAUAAUUGAAAAUAUGGCCUUCGUUAUCUGUAAAGACAAAUGGGACAAAUCCUGGAGAAAUUGAGAGAAAUUAACUAAACUGUUUGGACCCAUGUACAUGCUACGUUCAAAAUGCCGCCUUCGCUUUUUAGCGCAAAAGAUCGGGGCCGCAUAAGGGCCCCGGCAAAAAAUGGAUUCUACAAUCCCGGUUAAAAAGGUUAGACACUUGGAAAUAACCUUAUAACCUCCCACGGUCACCCACUCCCCCGCUUCCCC